AUGGAUUACCAGCAGCAGCAGCAGCAGCAGCAGCAGUAUCAGCAGCACGCCGCACAGUCGCCUCCUGUGCAGCAGUCGCCCUACACGCCUCCUCCCCAGUUCCAGCAGCAACCCCAGCAGUCGUUCCCGGCGCAGGGCUAUCCUGAGCAGCAGCAGCAGCAGCCCGUGCAGCAGCAGCACAUGUAUCCCACGCCCCAGGACCAGAUCCUGCACCACCCGUCGACCCAGUACUCGAUGCAGCAGCCGGCCCAGUACCAGAGCCAGCGCGACAUGCAGCCGCAGUACGCCCAGGGCGCCAACGUCCACAGCCAGGAGUGGCAGAGCAACCUGUGCGACUGCAGCCCCUGCGAGAACUGCCUGCUCGGCACCUUCCUGCCAUGCCUGCUCCUCGGUCGCACCGCUGAGCGUAUGCGCGACCCUACCAUGCAGAACUACGAGUCCAUCAACACCGACUGCAUGUUGAUGUGCGGUAUCUCGUACUUCACCGGUUGCGGCUGGAUCUACGCCAUGAUGAAGCGGUCCGAGAUCAGGGAACGGUUCGGCAUCGACGGCAGCGGCUUCGGCGACUGCUGCACCACCUACUGGUGCCCGUGCUGCGCCCUCAUCCAGCAGGAGAAGGAAGUCGUCGCCCGCACCUCCCAGGGCCCGAUCGCCCAGGGCUACGUCUCGCAGCCCUCGAUGCAGAUGCCGCCGCCACAGGCCCAGCCCCAGUCUCCGCCCCCCAAGAACUGA